CGACACGCCUUUUCCGGUUUCUCAAAAACGUGCCAACUUUCAACGGGAUAUCUUUAUUUGGACUUCCGUGGAGUUUGGAGCGCUAAGCAUGGUCAAGUGUGUUGUUUCCGGGUGUCCGAACCGCAUCCUCAACGGUAACCGGGGCGUCUUGAGCCGACCGCCGAAGAGGUUCUUCCCGUUCCCCAAAGACCCGGCGCGGGUCAAGGUAUGGCUGGCUGCCCUGCGAGAGACGGACAAGCAGGAAGCGUCGGAGCAGCACUUGAUCUGCGAGGAGCACUUCCUGCCGGAGGACAUCUCCAGGAACGGCGUCAACAGCGACGCCAUCCCCAUCAUGCCGCCCUACCUGGACGGUUCCCUCGGGGGCAUCAUCAAUCCCUGGGGGGCCGAGUCGUCGGAGGAGGACGACCAGUGGGGCGUCGCAGACGCUGGCGAUGAUGAAGAAGAGGAGGAAGAGAUGGAGGAAGAGAUGGAGGAAGAGGUGGAGGAAGAGGUGGAGGAAGAGAUGAAGGAAGAGAUGGAGGAAGAUGGAAGUGGUGGUCCUCCUGAAGCUCCGUCUCCGCAACCACCUCAGCAGGUGCCAAGUCCAACCUUGCACGAUCCUCCAAAAGUGAUCACAACAAGUGUGGACAUUCAAUGCAAAGAGGAUCUUCAGACAAAGAAGCCAUUCAAAAAUGACAUGUCCUUGGUGCUGCUGACCCGGCGCCUCCUGGAGCUCCUGGUAGCGUCUCCAGACAGUUGGCUGGACCUCCACCAGGCGGCCAGCAGGCUGCAGACCCGCAAGUGUGACGUCUACGACAUCGUCGGCGUGCUGGAGAGCAUCAGCGUGGUCCAGAGGAAGUCCCGCAGGGUCAAGUGGAUAGGACAGUGUCCAAUCUCCCACUUCCUUUGGAAAACUGAGGAGAAAUUCAAGAAGGAGCUAGAGAACCUGAAGCUGGAGGAGCGCACACUGGACAGCCUCAUCAAGAACUGCGCACAGCAACUCUUCGACAUGACGGACAAUGAAGAAAACGCAAGGGCGGCCUACGUCACGCACGAGGACGUCAGCCAGCUCGCCGCCUUCCAGGAGCAGACGGUGAUUGUCAUCAAAGCGCCGGAGGAAACCAGGCUGGAAGUCCCGGCGCCAACAGAGGACAACAUCAAGGUGCACCUGAAAGGUGGCAACGGUCCCAUCAUGGUGAUGACUUGCGACCUGGGCACGGGGGGCGUGCCAGUCAAGGAGGAGAUGAGUGGCUGCUUCAUGACGCUGGAGGAAAGUCGCAUACAGACUCAAACACUGCACACGCACAAGAACGUCCAGUAGGAGAGGAUUUUUUUGGAUCCCUUGUAUCCGAGGCGAGACGAAUCGGACUUUUGUAAACAAACAUUCAUCUACUAUGUUCUUGUGACUUUUUUGUCUCAAUAUCGGCUGACAGAACUCAUUCUUGCAAAAUCUCAAUAUUAUUAUUUAUUACACAUAUGGAUUUUAGUUCAGAUUUGAGCAAGGAUCGUGGAAGUUGAAAUUAUUUUUUUUGUCACGGGCCAUAUAUAAUGACACGGUGGGCCAGGUCUGGCUCUUGAGUUUGACCCCUGCGCCUUGGCAGCGACAAAGUGGGCGAAAGUUUUUGUCAAACGGAAAUUUGUCAUGUGGUUCAGGAUGCACAUUUUUCAUAAAGAGCCAGCCACCUUCAUCGUCAAACUGACGUGCGCUUCGCAAAGAGCUUUCUUUGUCAUCCACACCACAUGUUCUGCAUUAUAUUUGUUUCAUCUGAUUUUGAUAACAAUGUAAAUAAAACGUUCAAUUCUAACAAA